AUGACCAUCGCGGUCCUGGCGCUUCCGACGACCAAAACAAAGCGCCGCGAACCGCUGAGGACAAUCGGAAUGGCGGCUCCUCAGGCGCAAUCGCGUCAUGGGGCCGCGUCUGGCGGUGCCGGCAGAGGAGGGGAACGUCGAAGCACGCGCCUCAGCGCGACACAGCAGGGACUCGAUGAGAUGACGAAUCAUGAAGCGAAACGGAAAGCAGGUUACGAAGAAGACGAAGAAGGAUUCCAGUUCUCACGAUUGCCUGCGAAGAAGUCGAAGACAACAACCGAGAAGAAAAUGAAACCGGCAAUUGAGCCGAUUCCUGAGUUCGCCCAUUCAGAUGUCGAAAAUGCGCCACCAAUGCCGUCGCCCCGGAGGGGGCGACCUCCGAAGAAGCGAGCGAAGGAGGAUUCCCAGGGGAGUGCGGUGCCGGUGAAGGGGAUGAGCACAGAGCUUCCGACAAGAAGGCCGACAAGGGGUGCUACAAACUCUGUGAAUGCGGGAAUGGAGGCUCCAUUGGAACACUCUACGCGCGGAUCACAGCAUCGGGAGUCGCUGGAUGGUCAGCCGGAAAAGGGAAAGAAGAGAAGAGGGCGGCCGGCCAAGUCAAAGGCACCGGAAACCAACGGAUUCCAGUCCCCGGAACAACCACCUGCGGGAACGAAGGUGACUUUGCCUGUGGCGGACACGCCCGUGAUUGAGAGGAAUAAGGAGUUGCGGGGUGCGAAAUCGAAUAAGGGACGGCGGAACAGCUUGAAGAUGCGGGGACGAAGAGCAAGUUUCUUGAUUGAGUCCGGAACUUCAAAUGCGUUACCGCAUCGAGAAGUCGGGACUGCUGAUUUCUAUAAACACAUUGCCGACGAGGGGCUUUCUGAGACACGGAGGAUGCGACAGCUUCUGAUCUGGUGUGCAACGCGCGCGUUAGAUGAGAAGCCAACUGGGUCUCCAUCUCAUGAUCAGAGUGCGCAUCUAGCAGCUCUUGUUAUCCAAGGGGAGCUAUUGAAAGACUUCUCUUCCGUCCCAGAACUGUCAGAUUGGAGCAGUCGCGAGAACGUGGCCCCCCCAACAGUAGUCGUGAAGAAACCGAACCCGAAGAAUAUCCAGAACACCGAUAAGAUCAAGGAAUUGGAAGAGCAAAUACAAAAGCUUCAAAGGGAGCGACAGGCUCUGAACGCACUCCUGAAGCAACCGACAAUCCAACGCAUAGAUGCAGAGCAACCAUCCAAGAGAUCUCCCAGAACCAAACGACAAUCUUUAAAACCACCUCACGACCAAAUCGACAUCUCCCUCCUCGACCCUUCACAACACGCCAUCUACACAUCCCUCAGUUCCUCCGCCUCUUCGACCAAACUAUCACAGCCGGAAGGCGACUCAGCUUCAUCUAUAAACCGACCACCCAUGACUCCUUCUACUGUUUCUUCUCGUCUCUCUCAAAUUACAACAAGUCUCGCACCUACACUUGAUCUUUUUGCGGCCGGUGUGCAUGAUAUCGAACUAUAUCGGUCUACAGCCGAUGCUGUCUCUUCCCGGAUACUACGUGUUUGCGCGCAGCAACUAGAAGAACGCGAUGCACAAAACAGACAGCAACGACUCGCAAUCGAGGGUGAAGAUAGCGACCAUCGCCCAUCCAGUGCAUCUGGCCGAGGCUCCCGAGAAGACCUAGGCCUUAUCCUGGGAGCCCUCAGUCGCGUUGAGCGACGAUAA